CCUCACCCAGCCCGCACAGGCCACGUCUGGCAUUCUCAACUUUUAUCGCAAUCCAACCCCAGCAAAUCUUUUUCAACUUAUUUCUUUUACGUCCUCACCUUAACUUCAACCUAUUUUGUCCGUCACGCACCCAAAUCCGCCAUGGACUUCGCGGCGUUAAUGUCGAAGGAAAUCGCCAAGGCGAAACCCACCAAAUCCGAGUCCUCCACCCCCAGCGCCAAAGAAACCUCCAAACCGCAAGGGAGCAAAUAUGUCCGACGCGGAGAUGAGGAAGCCGCCCGCAUCGCAGCCUAUAAAGAGGAGCAGGAACGCGCAGAGCGCGAGCGUGAAGAACGCCUCCGCAACAAACGCAAGCUAGAAGACGAAGAGACCGAGAAACGGCACGCGCGCGAGGAGAAGAAAAGACGACUCGCCGAAGAAUCGCGCAAACGACGAGAGGAGGAGGACGCGGCACAGGAACGGGAUCGCAGGCGGCGAUUAGGUCUGCCUGACCUGCCGCCGGACCAGGGCGAGGAGCAGAACGAGGGAGAAGAUAUCCCCGACGAGGAGCUGCUCAAGAAGCUUCGGGAGAUGAACGAGCCGGCCCGCUUGUUCGGAGAAAGCCAUGUCGGUCGUCUGCGACGGUAUCGGCGCCUUGUCGAGCGCGCUCUCACACCCCAGCAAAGGCUCUCGGAUGGGCCGAUCCCCACGACACUAGAGCUGGUCCCCGAGGUCGAAAUGAAAAUCCCAACCGCGCUUCCUAAGGAUCUGGAAGGUCGCAAAUAUCUGUUCCGUCAACUGGCGUCAUAUUUCAACAUGGUGUUGGGCGAAUGGGACCGGGCGCUUGCGAAGCGCGAUGCCUCUGUGAAGCAGAGUAUGCAGGGCCGUCAGGCAUAUAAUGCUAUGGUGCAGUCGCGGGAGAAUCUGAAGCCCCUCUUUCGGAAAUUCGAGAAGGUGGAACUUGACGACGGAGUGCUGGAGCAUAUCAUGGAGAUCGUGCACAAAGCCCAGCAACGGAAGUAUGUCGAUGCCAACGAUGCUUAUCUGCGGCUGAGUAUUGGAAAAGCUGCCUGGCCCAUUGGUGUCACGAUGGUUGGUAUCCACGAACGUUCCGCACGAGAGAAACUACACCAGAGCGACCAGCAGGCGCAUAUUUUGAGUGAUGAGAUUACGCGAAAAUACCUGCAAAGUAUCAAGCGGUGUCUCAGCUUUUCACAGACCCGAUGGCCCCCGGAUGACCAGCUGCAGAUUAUGGGUUAGUUAUAUCAGCGUUGUAGCUAGUAUAAUCCAGGUUAUUGUCGAAG